GGCUCCUGCUAUACAGCACCUCGGAGGAGGAGGGAGGUGGAGCUUCUGGGACAUAGAUCAUGCCUAAUAGCGAGAGGUUUUCUGGGCUGCAGGGACCGCUAGGUUUGGGAUGAAAGAAGCAGGGCAGAUGCAAGAUCUGGAGAGCGCGGGGCCCGGGCGGUCAGUCAGCACCCAGACUGACAGCAUGAUCGGUCAAAUACCAAGGCUUUCUAAAGUUAACCUUUUCACUCUGCUCAGUCUCUGGAUGGAGCUCUUCCCAGCAGUAGAAGCUCGAAGACAAAAAUCUCAGGUGAAGAAAACUGGUCUUGUGGUGGUGAAAAACAUGAAAAUUAUUGAUCUUCACUGUUCGAGUGAAGAUUUACAUGCUGGGAAAAUUGCUCUUAUAAAACAUGGGUCAAGGCUGAAAAACUGUGAUCUUUAUUUUUCUAGAAAACCAUGUUCUGCUUGUUUGAAAAUGAUCGUAAAUGCUGGAGUUAACCGAAUUUCAUAUUGGCCUGCUGAUCCAGAAAUAAGUUUGCUUUCUGAGGCUUGUAGUUCUGAAGAUGCAAAGUUAGAUGCCAAAGCAGUGGAAAGAUUGAAAUCGAACAGUAGGGCCCAUGUGUGUGUCUUGCUUCAGCCUUUGGUGUGCUAUAUGAUGCAGUUUGUAGAGGAAACCUCUUACAAAUGUGAUUUUAUUCAAAAAAUUGCAAAGGCAUUCCCAGAUGCUAACACUGACUUUUAUUCUGAAUGUAGACAAGAAAGAGUAAAAGAAUAUGAAAUGUUAUUUUUGAUUUCAAAUGAAGAACUACAUAAGCAGAUACUAAUGACUAUAGGUUUGGAAAAUCUAUGUGAAAAUCCAUACUUUAGCAAUCUAAGGCAAAACAUGAAAGACCUUAUCCUGCUUUUGGCUACAGUAGCUUCCAGUGUGCCUAACUUUAAACACUAUGGAUUUUAUUGUGACAAUCCUGAACAGAUUAAUGAAAUUCACAAUCAGUGUUUGCCACAAGAAAUUGCAAGACACUGCAUGGUUCAGGCCAGGUUAUUGGCAUAUCGAACUGAGGAUCAUAAAAUAGGAGUUGGAGCAGUAAUUUGGGCAGAAAGAAAAUCUGAAAAUUGUGAUGGGACAGGUAUGAUGUACUUCAUAGGAUGUGGUUAUAAUGCUUUUCCUGUUGGAUCUGAGUAUGCUGACUUCCCCAAUAUGGAUGACAAACAGAAAGACAGAGAAAUAAGGAAAUUUAGAUACAUUGUCCAUGCGGAACAGAAUGCCUUGACAUUUAGGUGUCAAGAAAUAAAACCAGAAGAAAAAAGUAUGAUUUUUGUGACAAAAUGCCCAUGUGAUGAGUGUGUACCUUUAAUUAAAGGUGCAGGCAUAAAACAAAUCUAUACAGGGGAUAUAGAUGUUGGAAAAAAGAAGGCAGACAUCUCUUACAUGCGAUUUGGAGAACUUCAGGGUAUUAGCAAAUUUACAUGGCAACUGAAUCCAUCAGGAAGUUGUGUUCUUGAACAAAACGAGCCUGAAAGCAAAGAGACCUGUUGUGAUAGAUUACAUAAAUUGAUCUUUCAAUGUUGAACCAGUCUUGCAUACCUGGGAUAAAUCCCACUUGAUUGUGAUGGUGUGAUGAGACCCAUCCCUCUGAAUGAAGAGCUGCACCAGAACAAGAAGCUUUGUCUUGGAAACCACUAAGAAGUCCCAUCUAAAUUGGAGGGAAGACUUCAAGAAGUUUUAUUACACUUUUAAAAGUCAGCCUUGUUAACUCAGAAAAUAAGGGUGGAUUUUGUAAAUAGUUGAAAUUUUAAGAAAGCUAAUUUAUUACUAGUAUAUGAAUGAUGUUAAUGAAAAUAUUUUUAUUUGCGAUAUAUUUGUUUUUCAAAAUAUAAAACUAUGCUCUUUUAUUAUACUAAAUGGGGUAGUGGUGAUUUAAUGAGACCAAUUUAAUUGCCCAGAGGGGUUGAUUUCUCCCUCUGUUUGCUUUAUAUUAGCCAGUUCACUGGAGGUCACAUUUCAGCAGAGAAAUGCACAUAUUUUAAGAAAUAUUAAUUCCUUUGGAUUAUGACAGGGACAGUUAGUAAACUGCUCUAGGAAUGUAAAUAACAACUUUGCCAUUUUUAAGAAUCAAUGUAUAGAUCACCAGAAGUUCACAGUUAUACCCAAAGCUUUCUAAUAACCAGAACUGAUUUAAGAUUGAAUCAUAAAAAUGAAGUUGGUGGAACUAGUCUGCAUUAUUAAAAGUAUAUUUUUAAAAGGUUAUUUUUAUUAAGUUGAUAUGUGGAAAUCAUAAUGAUUUGUUUGACUAUGAUAUUGUAUCACUAAUUUGGGAUAGCAAUGGGAAAAGAUUAUUCUGAGACAGUAUUAGUAUUUCAUAGCACUUACUCCUGAAAUCACUAACAAUGAAUCUUUUUUUAAAGCAAAUAUUUCUUUAUUUUAUUUUACUUUAUUUAUUUUUAGAGAGGGAAGGGAGGGAGAAAGAGAGAGAGAGAAACAUCAAUGUGCAGUUGCUGGGGGCCGUGGCCUGCAACCCAGGUGUGUGGCCUGACUGGGAAUCGAACCUGUGACACUUUGGUUCACAGCCCGCGCUCAAUCCACUGAGCUACGCCAGCCAGGGCUACAGUGAAUCUUAAAUUUGGUUUUGAUCUUAACAGAUGAGAAAUAUUUAGUCUGUAAUAUUGAACCUAACUUUUCAGAAGUCUGUACAUAAUGCUGCCCAUUUUUCCCUCCAUAUAAUUAACAUGAAGUGUCUCAUGGCUUUGAGUGCAAGGCCUUUUAAAAACAUUUGCAAACCUUAAGCAUACUGGAAGUAAACAUUAUGGUAGUUCAGUUACA